AUAUUGAAUUAUUCUUCCUACUUGUAUUUAGGGAUUUACGGUUUCAUUAAAACUUUCAUUCUGUUCAUACCACUGAUCACGAGUUACUUGGCAUAAGGAUAACAUAGGAUAUACUUGACAUGUAGGAUAUAUUAUAUAAUAUAUAGAUAUAUAUUUGUAUAAAACUUAAUAGGACUACAAAAAAAAAAACGCUCUAUAAUAAUUACUAGUUAAUGUGUAAUAAUAAUAACGAAUACCUAUUACUCAUGUACAUCGAGGUCACAAUCUAGGCACGUUAUAAAUUUUUAAAUGAAAUCGCGACAUACCAAUAGUUACUAUAAUUCCCCCAUCAGUUAACUAUUUUGAAUCAGUCUGAUUGUUCGUCUCAUGUGAGAUGUCGCGAUUUUUUAUUAAUUUUUUAACAGUAUUGUCUACAUGUCUUACAUCAUAUAAUUUUAUAAUAUAAUAAUUUUUUAAUUUUUUUUUUUCUUGACUAAAUAACCGUUGACGCGUGGUCAUAUUCGCAUGAUUUUUCGCUGUAAUCGUAAAUUGUAAGGGUCCAACACGGAUGACGAAAUGGAAAAGAUGCAGAAAAAGGAUGAAUAUAAUACCGAAUACAACCAACAAGAACGUCCGAAAAGAGAAAGCAAAGUGUCUUGGAUACUGUUUAUAACGACGUUGAGUGUUAGCCUAGGAUGUUCUGUUCCAGCGGGUUAUAACAUUGGAGUAGUUAACGCGCCUUCGGAGAUAUUGAAACAAUGGUGCAACGACACGAUUUUGUUCCGUUAUGCUGUCGAAUUAACAAAACCUCAACUGGACGUUUUGUGGUCAGUGCUGGUUUCGGUUUUCCUCAUUGGUGGCAUCAUCGGCGGUGCAGCUGGUGGAAACUUGGCCGACAAGUUUGGCAGAAAAGGAGCUUUAAGACUUACAUACUUCCUAAACCUGCUGUCUGGUAUAAGCUUUUUAUGCUGUAAACCGGUAGCCCUUGUUGAAUUAUUUUUCCUUGCGAGGCUGAUUGCUGGUUUAUCAGCUGGUCUUACUAUGGCUAUGGUGCCUAUGUAUUUAUUAGAAAUAGCCCCUAUGAAUACUGAAGGUAUUUUUGGGGUAAUUUUUACUGUUGGACUGAACUUUGGUGUAGUUUUAUCUCAAUUUUUAGGAUUGGAAAAUCUUUUAGGUACUGAACAACUUUGGCCGUAUUUAUUUAGCUUAUUUGCAGGAUUAGUACUAGUUGUUCUUCCUGUACUACCAUUCGUUCCUGAGAGCCCUAAGUACUUGUAUACAGUGUGCAACAACUACAGAAGAGCAUUAAUUGAACUGAGUCAUUUAAGAGGAAAGCCUGAAUCAGAGAUAAGUUGGGAAUUAGGAAAGCUAGUUGUUUCGUCUGAAAUUUGGACAUUGCGUAAAGUGUUGAAUGAUCCAAUAAAUCGCAAAGCAUUACUUAUUACGUGCGUAAUAAUGUUAGGUCAACAACUGUCUGGAAUUAAUGCUAUAUUCUACUACUCAACCUCUAUUUACAUUAAUGCCGGACUGAGUACGGUUGGUGCUCAGUAUGGAAAUUUGGGUGCAGGACUUAUUAACUUUAUCGUAACAGUUUUAUCGACUGUGUUUAUAAAUAAUUUUGGACGAAAAACGUUGCUCAUUUUCAGUUGCAUUGCUUGUGUUUUUAUGCUCACGGGUUUAAUGACUUUUAUGGUCCUUUCGUCCGCCGGUACAAUAACUGGUUUGUCUUUCUUGUCGGUGUUCUUUAUAAUUGGAUAUGUCUUGUUCUAUGGAAUAGGCAUAGGCCCUAUCCCAUUUUUUAUCGGAUCAGAAUUGGUGGAUGUCGGGCCCAGACCUAUUAUCAUGGCAGCAAAUAGUGUUGCAAAUUGGUCAGGUAACUUUUUGGUCGGGCUAACUUUUCCAAUCAUUUCAUUGGCACUCAAAGAGUUCUCGUUUCUACCAUUCAUCGGGUGUACUAUAUUUCUCAUCAUUUUCACGUGGAAAUGUGUUCCAGAAACUAGAGUUACCACCGAAGUAGAAACAAUAGAACCUAAGUAGAUUUCUAUAUUAAACAUAAAUAGACCACAUAGGCAAACACAAAAAAAAAAAUGAAUACUUAGUAUUAUUACCACUAAAUGUUAUUGAGUACAAAUAUAUUGUUAUUUUAAUUUGGUUAUAAUGAAUUUAUUUUUAUUCCUUUAGUGCUGUUUUUUUUUUGUAUAUUUUAAUUUAUUGUUAUCAUUUGAAUAUUAUAGAGAAUUCCAAAACAUAAUUGAGAGAUAAAAUAGAAAAACAUGUCAUGUGACAAAAUAAAAUUUUGAACUUAAAACUGAAUCAUUAUUAUAAAAUUAGUUACCAAAACAAAAUGUAUACAAAAUAUGUUACAUUAAAUUGCUGCACGGGAAAAAAGUUGUAGUCAUUACAAUUCAAAAUGUUUGUUGACGAGUAUACAUUUUCAGUUCAUUGAUGAGUUUUUAUUAUAUUAUAAAUUUUUGUUUAUAAAUUUAUUUUGAACGAAUUUGUAUACUAGCAAAAUAGUAUUAGAUUAGUUAUUAUAUUUAGGUUUAGAAAGCAAUUAUUAUUUUUCAUUAUAUUACGUUACCAGAUUUCAUACAUCUCAGUAUUUAUUAAU